UCCAUCACCUUCCUCCAUCUCCUCCUCCUCGCUCUGGCAGUCAUCAUGCAGUUUUUCUGAACCUCUGGAGGCACGCAUGUUGGAGAACCUUUCCUUAUUGAUCAGCUUCUCACCGAGGAAUCCAGCUCCAGCCACAAUGUCCGACCUCAGCUGCACCAGAUCCUCCACCUCUUUCUUUAACGAUCUCACCUUUGCAGUGAAUGCUGCUCUCUUGGUCUUGGCUGCUGUAUCUGCCUGGAUCAUCAGGAGCCCAAGGAGCACAAUGUCACCUGCCCAGACACAGGGACCGUCCUCCGGCGCCAGGAGCCACAACAAGACUUUCCAGCACCUGGUGCGCCGGGUCAUGCAGUUACAGGCCGCCAUCCGGGGCUUCAUCCAUACGGCGGAGGAAGCGAGGGGGUCGUCCUUCUGGGGGGACGUUGAGGUGUCAGGAUUUCCAUGUCAGGAUCGCAGUUAUGAGGAGGAGGAGAAAAACGGUAAGAAAAAGAAAAAGGAAGCUGAGCUUGCAUUUGACGCAACUUUCUUCAAGAGCCAGUAUGAGUUUACGUUCCCUGAGAAGGCAAUGGCGGCGGCUCUGCAGAGGCCGGAGGAUCGAUCGGAACGUGACAUCCGCUUCAUCCGCAGCAUGAUGAUGGGGAUCCUGAGCUUCCGCAGAUACAGCACCCAGAUGCAGCACAUGCUGGCUCGAGUGGUCUAUUACAGGAGGUUUGGACGUGGACGGGUUAUUGUAAGGAAGGGACAUCGGGGCGACAGCUUCUACUUUGUCUUCUCAGGCAUCAUUGCGGUGACACAAGAUCAGGACGGCAGCAGCGCCCUCCUCGACCCAGAGCCCAUCCUGCUGCACAAAGGCGCCAGUUUCGGGGAAGUGGCCUUACUGAAGGGUCUGCGGAGGAACGCCACCAUCAUCUGUAUGGAGGAGACCGAAUUCCUGGUGGUGGAUCGGGCAGAGUUCUUCCAGAAUAAACUGGACCAGGAGCUACAGAAAGAGCUGAAGUAUAGAUUCCAGAUCUUCAGAUCACUGGAUCUUUUCUCCACUUGGUCGGAUGAGUCCCUGGAGACUUUGGCCGAUCACUGUAAGACAGAAGAAUGUCAUCACAGCCAAGUCAUGGUGACCGACACCCACGAAACCAAAAACAUCAUCUUUGUUACAAAGGGCCGCUGUGAAGUCCUGCGACUGGUGGAUCUCAGCCAAUGUCCGUCAUUCCACAAGUGGAUCAAACAGCAUCGACCUCUGAUGGGGAGAUCCUGUCUGCUCAACCAGACGGGUGAGAGCGAGCGGGAAUGGAGGAUAUUCGGAGAGCGGAGAGGAGGGGGGAUCUCCUCCCCAGGAGACAGUGAACCCCCACACACCAGUAAUGGACGGAGGAUCUUCUCCCUGGAGGAUUUCACCUCACAACACGACAAACCGGUCUCCUCUGCUAAAUAUCCGGGUGACCUGAUGGCGGCCGUCUACCUGAGGAUAGACUCUCUGCAGCAAAAACAGUACUUUAGAGGAGUGGACGUGGAUUACAUUGAGAGCUGCUUGGAGAAAAAGGGACGACCAGAGAAAGAUCAGAAUUUCAGCUUCCUGUUACCGUCGGCCCAGAGAGAAGCCCGCUCCAUGGUCAUCGUCAGUCAGGGGGCAGAGGUCAUCCGUAUAAAACUGGACAAAUUCUCAGAGCUGGCGGACUUCGCCACCGUGAAGAAGCUGAAGGAGAAGAUGAUGGUGUACCCCAGUGACAAUCAUCUGUGCAGAGUUUUCCUGGAGCAGAAUCGAUGGAAAAUCUUCAAGUCAGAUUUGGUCAGUCAUCUCAGCUCCUCCCCCAAACCCCUGAAUCCUAAACACCAGCCCCACCGAGAGAAACCCCGAGGGGGUCACAAGGUCCAGAGCGCAGACAAGAGGGGGAUCCUGCAGCUGGGGGGCCACAAGAGACAACCAGAGAAGGUUUGGGCGACCACCACAAAGCAGAAGACCUCUGAGUGCCACAAAGAUGAUGAUGAUCCACGUAAACAAGCACCGAUCCGCCUCAUUCACGGGAUCGAUGUCCCCAAACUGUGCGGCAAGAGAAUCAUGUGGUGACGGGCGACGUGUAAUAGGACAUCCUCAAUAAUACAACCAGACUGCUAAUACAGCCACUGAACACCAGGGGGCAGCACCACACUGCUUAUUGCCACAAUGUCUGUAUAAUUCACUGUAUAAUGAUUAUAGGACACAAACCUUUCACAAUAAAACCCUGUUGUUAUUUCCUAAUGCGCCAGUCUAAAAUGUAAUUAAUCCUCCAAGUAGUAGGGUCAAAGGGGACACUAAAGUAGCAUCGUCCUAGGUUAGUAUUUUCCAAACAGUGUGUCUCCAGCUGUUGCAAAACUACAACUGCCAGCAUGCCGGACAGCCGUUGGCUGUCCAGCAUGCUGGCAGUUGUAG